AUGGCUGAUCAAAAUGAGAGGACUUUUAUGAAACAGCCCACAAUCAACCUUAACAAUAAGGAUCGCAUCCUCAGCGGAACCAAGAAGGUCGCACGUUACACACGUAAUGUUGGUCUUGGAUUCAAGACUCCCCGUGAGGCCAUCGAGGGUACCUACAUUGACAAGAAGUGCCCAUUCACCGGUAAUGUCGGAAUCAGAGGACAUAUCUUGACUGGAGUUGUCCUUAAGAACAAGAUGACCAGAACCAUCAUUGUGAGAAGAGAUUACCUUCACUUCAUCAAGAAGUACCGUCGUUUUGAGAAGAGACAUAAGAACGUACCAGCCCAUUGCUCUCCAUGCUUCAGAGAUAUUGCCCCUGGAGAUAUUGUAACUAUCGGAGAAUGCCGUCCCCUCUCUAAGACUGUCAGAUUCAAUGUCUUGAAGGUCAACAAAUCUGCCAACUCCAAGAAGGGAUUCUCCAAGUUUUAA